AUGGCCAUCGGUGUUAAAAUCAUCGACAUAUGCUCAACAUGGAAGCACGCCGAAAGUGAGGUCAAGAAGCGUGUGCUUAUUGUCGAAGCCUGCUGGAAUCGUACCAAGCUCCAAAUUGACUUCGUCAUGCGCAUUAUAUCCAUCCUGGAUGAAGAGCAUUGUCGCAUGAUGGACGCGCUCUUAAAACAACUCGAGCUGGGAAUUCACUGA